AUGUCCAACAAUGUAAAUGCCGGCGAAGACAUUUUCCGAGACAUUGAGGAAGUUUGGCGGGGGGCUCGGAAUACCAAACAGUACUUCCUUGCCAUUGUCAACAUAAAUGCCGCCCAUGGCGUAUGGUUAAGAAUAAGAUUCACGUCAAAUAUCAAAUAUGUUUGUUUCAACACUGAUAAGCGACGUGUGAAACGGCAGGGGUCUGGAGAGCGAGGAUUGCCCGGAAGUGGAAAAAUGGGAGCACUCGCUGAGCAAUUUCCAAACAGCAAGAUGAGUGUGUGA